UGCCCUUGUAUGCACGUGACUGCAGAUACUAUCGACACGUGACAUACUAGGUCUGUGGUCAAAAAUAGUUUACCUACCUUACUAUUUUCGACGCUAACCUUGGUUUCGGGGGUAACGACGAUCCGCCAAGGCACAUCGCAACCAACAUUCAUUCGUCCGCCGCCGCACAAGAACUCUCCGCCGCAACCUGCUUUCCUCCUCAGAACAUCGUUACAGAUCUCUCUACAAAAUUUGGAGAGCACAAGAUGGGGUUCGGAGACUUCCAGACGUUAUGCGAACAGGCGCCCAUCCCGCUGUGUGCUGUAGUGGGCAAGAUCACUCACAUCUCCGGGUCAUAUGGGAUUGAGGCCGACUGCUAUGCGCGCAACAUCGAGCUGGCCAACACAAUUAUAUUCCAGGGCGCCGCAUCUUUCAUGCACAUUGUAGCGCUGAUCAUGACGGUUAUCAUGAUCUUGCAUGUCCGCAGUAAAUUUACUGCCGUUGGCCGCAAAGAAAUCACCUUCUUCUUCUAUAUCUACAUGAUGCUUACCUUCGCAUCCCUGAUUCUUGAUUCAGGCGUCGUGCCACCCGGAAACAAUACAUAUCCAUAUUUUGCCGCAGUACAGAACGGCCUCACAUCAGCGCUCUGUGUCUGUCUACUCAUCAACGGAUUCGUAGGAUUUCAACUGUAUGAAGACGGAACCACGUUAUCAGUCUGGCUCCUCCGAUCCGUCAGCUUUGCAUUCUUCAUAAUCACCGGCUUAGUCUCACUGGCAACCUUCAAAUCCUGGGCGGGCUUGGGUCCCACGAGAACGAUUGGAUUAUUCGUCGUGCUAUACUUGGUAUCGGGGAUCUCGUUACUGGUUUAUGCUGUCAUGCAGGUUAUUUUGGUCGUCAACACGCUACAGGAUCGUUGGCCCCUGGGAGAUCUUAUUUUCGCUGCGUUCUUCCUGAUCAUCGGCCAAGUCAUCCUCUAUGUGUUCAGCACGCAGAUCUGUAAUGCUGUCCAGCAUUACCUCGACGGACUUUUCUUUGCUACUAUUUGCAAUUUGUUGGCUGUCAUGAUGGUGUACAAGUACUGGGAUUCCAUUACCCGCGAGGAUCUCGAAUUUUCUGUUGGCACAAAGCAAAAUAAUUGGGAAGUCAAGGAACUCCUCCCGGAAGAAGAUCGAAGAGCAACAAUCUACCAGGACGACUACUCCAGCACCUACAACCACCCAACCCAGGCGCGAAACUCGAACUACGGUGGAUUCGCAUACUAGGAAUAUCUGAAUAGCAGGAUAUUCGGGCUAGAAAGAGCUUGUAUGGGAACAAGGAAAUGGGAAAUCAAUCUUUUGCAUAGCGUUGGGCUCGGCUAUUGACUUCGUUUGGCGUACUAUUGGAUGGCCUGUUACUCACUUCUGAAUCGUAAUGUAUAUAGGGAACAGGGGGGUUCUGGCAUUCAUUCCAUGGAUAGGGACUGAUGGAUGGAUUGACGAUUGGUUUUUCGGAAUCCGGCGUUUGCAUUGCCGCUACGAGCUGGCAUGUAUGUAGAUAGGUCGCUGAAAAACGAGACCCUUAAUUUCUAUUCAUUUUCGACA